AUGGUUCGUUGUUAUUUUAUAUUAUUAACGUUAAUAUUACCCUUUUCUUGGUCAAUACCAUUAAUUAAAGCCAAUGAACAAGAAACGUUCAAACCGUCAACACCCAUUUUUUGUUCUAAGGACUCUAAUUGUCCCGAGGAAUGGCCUUGUUGUUCUCCAUACGGAGAAUGUGGUUCCGGACCAACUUGUGUUGGCGGUUGUGACCCUAGGUAUUCCUUUGACGAAGAUAGCUGUAUCCCAUUGCCGGUAUUGGUGUAUCCAUUUAAUGCUGUAUUUCAUCAUGAUUUUCUCUCAAAUAAAUUUAAAAUUACCUCUAAGAAUGGGAGAUAUUCAACUGAAAAUGAUAAUAAGAUUAAUAAUAAAGAAUCCAUGUUCGAAACCCCAUCAAAAAAUAUACCUCUGGAGGCUUCAAUGCAUAAGAAGAGAUUCAUUCAUCAUUCCAAAUUUUUAAUAACUAAAAGUGAUAGAGAGGCUCAAGAUAUGUUAUAUGAUUACGAUUUUAUCUAUAGUGGUAACACUAAGAUUGAUGACGAUUCAGGUGAAAUAUUGUUGACUAUGCCAAAGUAUAGUACAGGCUCAUUAAUUGCUUCCGCUAGAGAAUUCUUAUAUGGGAAAGCCACUGUAUCUUUAAAAACUGGUAGAUCUCAAGGUGUUGUCACUGCAAUUGUUUUAAUGUCUCAAGUUGGUGAUGAAAUAGAUUUUGAAUUUUUGGGAAAUCAACCGUUUGAUGCUCAAACAAAUUGGUAUUAUCAAACAGAAUUGGAUUAUACUAGAAUGCAAAGACAACCAAUUUAUACAGAUUCAUAUGAAAAUUAUCAUAAAUAUGGAUUUGAUUGGAAUGAGGAAAGAAUAAUAUGGUUGAUUGAUGGUAGACCAGUUAGAACAUUAUUUAAAAAAGACACUUGGGAUCCCAUCACAAAACAUUAUAAAUAUCCACAGACUCCAUCAAGAUUAGAGAUUGCCAUAUGGCCAGGAGGUGAUAAGGAUAAUCAUCCGGGGACGAUUGAAUGGGCUGGAGGACCCAUUGAUUGGGAAAAUUCUCCUGAUAUUUUACAAUAUGGACAAUUUUAUUCAAGAGUGAAAGAGAUCCGUAUUGAACCUAAACAAAAUGAUUAUUUUAAUGAAAUUUAUAAAUGUAUCACUAGAAGAACAUAUCAACGUCAAUUUGAUAUUACGGAAUUAUUAAUGACUACAUGUAGUUACGACCAUGAUGCCGAACCUAAAUUCAGUGAAGAUUCUUUGGAGUGGCAUUGUGAUUAUACUCCAAGAGUUAAAUCAUUAAGGGAUUCAGGGUCUACUACACGAAGUAAAAGAUCAAAAUUCUUUAAGAAAAGGUACCCUUCUGCUCGUUUGAAAGAUGCAUCCAUUCAAAAGUCAACAAACAGUUCAGAAUCCAUGAAUAAAAAUCAUAACAAAAAUAUCACAAGUCUGGAAGCUAUAAUUCAUGAUAAGAAAAGAUUAUUAGAUUUUUCCAAGAUCGAUCUUAUUGAUGAUAAUAAUAAAUUAAAUCUAACUAAAGUACAAAUAUUGAAUAAGAUUUUACAGUAA